AUGACAACAAUCGCAUUUUUUGGAGCAACCGGCGGUUGUACCAACGCCUGCCUGGCCCACACCCUCCUCAAUGGCUACAAGGCCAGAGCCCUAGCCCGCACUCCCUCAAAACUCACGACACUACUCCUCUCACAGCAUGGCAUAACAGAGGAGAUUCUCUCUCGCCAGCUCGAGAUAAUCGAAGGUGACGCAACAGAUGUAGAAAGCGUCACGAAAACACUCAUCACCAACUCCGACAACACAUCCAAUGGCGCUUGUACUCUCGUCACAAGCAUAGUUUCCGGCAUAGGCAGCAGCGACGCACCGACAAUUUCCUUCACCAAGGAAACAAAAUGCGCAAAUACUCAGAUGCGCGUGCCUGCGUUGCCGCAUAUUGAGCUCUCGAACCCGCAUAUUACAGAAGAGACGACAAGCACGCUGCUAGCGGCGUUGGCGCAGAUUAGUUCUGAGCGGUUCGCCUCCCUUGAGGCGUAUCGUGCUGUUGCGCCAGAGGUCACUGUGAUCUCGACGACGGGCCAUUUGCCCGGUAAUAAAGAUGUGCCGUUCUGGUUAAGGCCUCUGUACUCUGUGCUUUUGGCGAUCCCGCUUGCGGAUAAGCUGCAGAUGGAGAAAUUGCUCGAUAAGGAUGUUGAGUUGGGGCAUGCUGGUGUGCUUGCGGCGGGAGUUGUUGUUGUGAGGCCCAGCCUUCUGACAGGGGAUCAUCUGGUUCCUGUUUGUGAAGGGGACAAAGGGGCAGGUCUGGAGAAAGUGAGGGCUGGAACGGAGAGGGAUCCUGCUGUUGGGUAUACGAUUUCACGGGCUCUAGUUGGGGAGUGGAUUUUCGAGGAGAUCAUUAAGGGUGGGGGGAAAUGGGUUGGGGAGAAAGUUACUAUCACUACUUGA